UUCAUUCUCCCUACUUUCCUCAUUCUCCAAAUCAUAUGGCAUCCCCAUCUCGCUGAUCGGGUGAGAUACAUGGAGGACCCCACCGCGCCGCCGCCGUCCCCGCCGCCGUCCCCGCAGCCGCCGCUGAUCUCGCUCCUGCAGCCCUCGGUCAAGAAGAAAAACAAGCCCGGACGAUUCCUCCGCGUCUUCCGCAACGUGUUCCGCUCGUUCCCAAUCAUCGCCCCUGUGUGCCGCUUCCCGGCCCUGGGACCGGGAAGCGGCCCAGGGCUCCCGGACCUGCGGAUCACGGACGAGAGCCGCGUGACGGGGACGCUGUUCGGGUACCGGAAGGGGCGCGUGAGCUUCUCCAUCCAGGAGAACCCGCGGACGCUGCCGACGGCGGUGGUGGAGCUGGCGAUGCAGACACAGGCGCUGCAGAGGGAGAUGGCGGCCGGGAUGGUGAGGAUCGCGCUGGAGUGCGAGAAGCGGACGAGGGCGGACGAGGACGAGCUGCUGGAGGAGCCGCUGUGGACGAUGUUCUGCAACGGGAAGAAGAGCGGUUAUGCCGUCAAGAGGGAGGCCGCGGACGAGGAUCUCCAGGUCAUGGAGCUCCUCAGGGCGGUCUCCAUGGGGGCCGGGGUCCUGCCGGGCCGCUCCCAGGAGGAGGGGCCCGACGGGGAGAUGGCCUACGUGAGGGCCCAUUUCGACCGGGUUGUGGGGUCCAACGACUCUGAGACGCUGUACAUGGUCAGCCCGGAUGGGAAUACCGGACCCGAGCUUAGUAUCUUCUUUGUUAGGCUUGGAUGAUCAUGAUCUAUAUAUAUAUAACCAAUUCAUCAAUAAUUAAUUAAUGUGUAUAGUUUGCUAUCUUAGGGAUAAUUAUUCU